AUGACGAGAAGAAUUUGCGUACUAGUACCGUUGGUUGCGUCGUUGCUGCUCUGCGUCCUUUCCUCGGUAGUGUUCGCAGUAGAGGAUAUAGCCGUGCUGACCGACGCCAAUUUUGAACAUGACACACAAGCGACGACAGGUUCUACGACGGGACGAUGGCUGGUCCUAUUCCACAAUGGCAACGAUUCCGAGUUGCGCAAGAUGCUGACUUCUCCCAGCGCCGACUCUGGCGGAGAGGAAGAAGAAGAAGUCCCUACCGGUAGUAGCAUGGUGCAAACGUUGCUGGAAGAGGGCGUCGUGGUGGGAAUUAUGGAUUACACGAGCAAUCCAAGCACCGUCCAGAGACUCAGUGUUCCUGGAGCUCCCCACGCCGUGGUCUUGUCGAAAGGCAAGCUGUACCGGACCAAUUCGAUGGAAGAUAUUCAAUACUUUGCCAUUUCCGAGUAUGAAAUUGCGACGGCGGAAGAGAUUCCACCCAUUCCCUCGGCCUUGGAAACAUUAUUGGCCGAUCCCAAUGGCAAAAUGGCCGUCAUGGGUGUGGUGGCCAGUCUGAUUCUGUUGGUGCUUGUGGUAGUAUUUCGUGGCAUGACAACUUCGGCACCAGCAGCAGCUCCUGCCGCCACCAAAAAGAAGGAAUAA